AGAUUUAAAUUUCUCCUCAUACAUAUUUUGCCUAUCCCUGAAGCGUCAUUCAACAGGUGUGAUUAUAGUCACUGAGACGCUGUUUGUUUACAAACAGUUUAAAAACUCUUUAAAAUCACUUAUACAUUCAAAUUACCCGUUUUACGCCACUUUGUCUUAUAAAUAAAGCAUCGGUAGUUUGUUUAUGUGUUUAGUUUUGGUUCAUUCUUAAUCUAAUCAGCGAUUAAGAUAAACCGAAAAGCCCCACCUGUUUUGUGCAACACACAAGAUACAAAAAAUUGUCCCACUUAAUAAAAAAAUUAGAAAUAUGGAUAACCAACGAGGAACUGAAAAGAAAUUAAGCAUUGCGUACUCUCUUUGUAUAGCUUGUGGGAUAAUUGCUGCAAUUUGUGUGGGAGUUCCUUAUGGGCAUUGGAAAGGGACUUUAGAUGUAUGUGGAACAUUACCGUCCAGACAAAAUUGUAGUUGUAUAUUGUACGGGAGAAAUACAUUCAAUUAUAUUGCAGGUGGAAGUAAUCACAUUUGUAACUUUGUUACAUUUGGUCCGUUAGCUUAUGUUAUAUUUUCGCUUUUAUUGGCUUGUUUCCAUGGAUUUCGAGUAAUGUUUGGAUCAACAAAUUCACAAAGAACAAUAACAACAAAAAACGAAUUAGGCGAAAUGGUUAUUCUUCAAACAGUAGAUUCGGAAACAACUAGCCCAUUAACACGGAGCUUUUGGAUAACAAAAUCAAUAAUAUCAGUUGUGUUAACCAUCUAUGCUUUGGUGUUAUUUGCAAUGUUUAUGGAUGGAUUUUUACAUACUUGUAAUGAAUAUCGGAAAAGAUUGGAAAAAAUUUUGGGUAUACAUGGAACGGUUAUCCCAGUAAUUCAUAAUAGACUUGAUUGUAAUGCAAUUUUUGAUUUUAUGGAUUAUAUUGAACCAGAUACUGCAAUUGCUAGGAGAGAUGGGACGAUAAAUACAGCAGCCUCUUUAAUUACAGGUUUAAUUGCAUCUUGUUUGUCUUGGGUUUUAUUCUUUUUCUCUUCAAUUUGGAAUAUUAAUCAAGCUAGAAAUAAAGUUUAAAUAUAAGUUUAUUUUAUUUGCUAAAAGAUGGUGUAAUUUUUAAUUUUAUACGGUGAAUUUCACUUAAAAUGUAAUAUACAAAAAUAUAUUUCCAUAGAAACUAGGGCGUAUCUACUUACUUUGUCUCAUAUAAAAAUAAAUGCAACAUGUCUGAAUGUUUCUAGUUUUAGGUCUAAUGUUAGUUCUAGUGACAGGUGUUGGUAGCGCUAGUUAACAUAAAAUUCAUUAACCAUAUUCAUUGAACCAAAUCUAGAACUAACAAUAGACCUGGAACUACUAAACCUGAAUGGUUCAGGUUUAGCCAUCUUAAGAGGCGAAUGGCUCUUACCUGAAAUGGUUUAAUGAUAGUGACAGUGCUAGGUAGCGCUUGGGACGGAAACUCAGAGUUGUCAUAAGGACGAUAAGAACGUCACCUUUUCCAAGCAAAACUUUUCCUUUCCAAAACUACCCAAUGCCUGUACUAAUUUAAGCUAUGUUGCAUUUAUGUGGGACAGUGCAAGUGCAUAUUAGUUUUGUAACUAUGGUUACUGCAUUCAUAUAUUGCGAGUUAUAUGAUAUUCGCGGUAUACAAAAAGUCCGUCCAUAAGAAAAGGAUGAAUAAAAAAAAUUCAAAUAUAUUCAAAUGUAUUUUA